AUGGAUGAAAAUUGCUAUUCAGAAAAGUCUCCCGUACAAUUGUCAGAAUCACAACAAACAGAGGUAUGUAACGAGUCCUUGGUAGAAGAAUUCGAACGUAGAUUAACAGUUGGUCAGAAAAUAGCAAGCCUUGAAGAUGCAUAUCUAUUAUACUGUGAAUAUGGACGUAUCAAAGGUUUUAGUGCGAGAAAAGGAAAACAAGCAUAUUUUCAUGAUAACAGUAGAGAACUUUAUAUGAAGGAGUUUGAGUGUUCUUGUAAAGGAACCAAGGAUGAAAAAAGCAGUGUUAAAAAUAGACAGUCAAUCUACUUGAAGAUAGAAACAAGAUUUGGUUGUACAGCAAGACUUAGAAUUGGGCGGAAAAAGAAUGAGGAGUGGGUAGUGACUAUUUUUAAUAUUGAGCAUAAUCACGAUAUGGUGACACCCGACCAAAGUUAUAUGUUAAGAUCAGCCCGUAGUAUUUCAUAUGCAAAAGGAAAUACAUUAAAAGCAUUGGUAGAUGCUGGAUUUUCGAUAGCUAAUGCAUAUUCGUACAUGGAAAAAGAAUCACAUGGAAGAGAAAAUGUGGGUUUUCUUAAAAAAGAUGCAUAUGAUUACUUUAAUCGUUUAACAAAAGACUAUAGACAAGUUGAAGAUGGUGAUGCUGCUGAAUUGAUUCGUUAUUUUAAGAAUAAAUCGAAUGAUGAUGCAUUAUUUUAUUGGGAUUUUCAAAUUGAUGAAGAUAGUAGGAUGUGCAACUUUUUUUAUCGAGAUGGUCGAUGUCGGAUUGAUUAUGAGGCUUUCGGUGAUGUUCUUUCAAUUGAUACAACUUAUAAAACUAAUAAAUAUAAUUUGGUUUGCGCACCUUUCACAGGUAUUAAUCAUCAUACGAAUAAUGUGAUGUUUGGUAUGGCUUUUAUGUCUCGUGAAACAGAAUCUUCUUUUCAAUGGUUGUUUAGUACAUUCCUUGAGUCUAUGGGUGGUAAACAACCUGAAACUAUUUUCACAGAUCAAUGCCAAGCAAUGAUUAAUGCAAUUGAGACUGUAUUUCCAGAUUCACACCAUCGGUUGUGUCAAUGGCAUAUCUAUCAGAAUGCUCCGUCGCAUUUUGGGAGUUUGAAUAACAAUUCCGAGUUCAAGAAUAUGUUUCAUAGGUGUAUGGAAUUUUGUGAAUCGGAAGAAGAGUUUGACGAUAUAUGGACUAAAAUGAUUGCUGGUUUUAAUCUUUAUGAUCAUUCGUGGUUAAAUAAUAUGUAUAAGUUGAGAAGUAAAUGGUCUACUGCUUUUAGUAAACACAGAUUCAGCGCAGGGCUUAAAGCUACAUCGAGAAGCGAGGGCACAAACUCUACUUUGAAAAUGGGUGGUAAAAGAACACAUACUUUGUACGAUUGUGUUGUUAGAUUUGAAAAUGUUCAAAAUACAUGGCGUCAAGAUGAAAAGGAAAAUGACUUUAGAAAUCGUCAUGGGGCGCCUACUCUUGCUGUAAAAUCUAACUGUUUGUUAAAAGAAGCUGCUGCAGUUUACACUCACACAAUAUACUAUAUGUUCCAGUCAGAACUAAUUAAUUCUUUGGGCAUUUAUUUUGAUGGAGAUCCUAUACAAAGUGAUACUUUAAUUAAGUUUAAAGUAAGUUCGCAAGGUAAUUCAAAUUGUGUUCAAGAAGUUGAAUUUGAUUCGAGGUCACAUGGAAUAAAAUGUACAUGUCGGCUAUUUGAGUCUCUUGGUAUAUUAUGCAAGCAUGCUUUAUUAGUUUUCAAACAAAUGAAUGUGCACACAAUACCUAUCAGGUACAUAAAAGUUAGAUGGACAAAAAAUAUAAGAGACAGAGUGCAUUUCAGUGAAGAAAAUUCUCGUGUAGAUAAUAAUGAAUCUGAAACAGUCUAUGUGAAUCAUGCAAUGAGGUUGUGCUAUGAUCUGAUGAUGCGAAGUAAAGUUCAUCAAGAAGCGAGAAAUUUAGUGAGAACGGGGCUUGAAGGUGUUUUUUCGGAUCUAAAUGAUUUACUCGAUAGGCUGAGUUUGGAUAAGUCGGUUAUUGAUGAUACUGUUUUACAGUGUUCAAAUGUUAGGGAAUUUGAUAUGGUGAAAGCAAAUAAUGUUAUAAAUGAUGAGCAUGUGCGUAAUCCUCUUUAUGUAAAGUCAAGAGGAGUGAAUAAUGUUCGUUUGCCGAGUCAUUGGGAUUCAAAAAGUAAGAAAGGAAAAGGAAAACUUGAAUCUACAAGGACAGUAACAAAAGGAAAACAUAAAAAGGUGCAGCCUUCCCGACUAACAGUAAAUAUACCUCUACCAGAAAAAGAUAUAUCAAAUGGCCUUUCUUCUGGAGGAUAUCAUGCAGAUUGCUUUUAUCACAUGACAAAUCCGACAAUUCACGUGGGACAAGGCUCAGAUUUUUGUUUGAGUCAACCUUCUCCGAGUAUGUUCAAAUAUUUCGGUUCUAAUUUAUCACAGGAAUCUGCUACUAGUAUGGAGAAGCCACCUAAUCAUUCCUAG